UGCCGACGGCGGCCGUGUCCGACAUCCGUAUAUAAGGGCUACUUCGCCACCCCAAGAACACCAGUGAGCAGCCUGACUUUGAAGACGACACUACAACUGUAGCAGAAGUACACUCGAGUCAAAUCUCUAUCGAAAAUCUACUGUACAACAAUGAAAUUCUACGCAGUUUUCGGUGUCUUGGCAGCUUUGGCUCUGAACGCUCUCGCCGAUGAAACCAAAGAUAGCAUCCCGGCAACAGUCUCGUCGGCCAUCGAUCGGGCUACAGCCGUUACGAAAGCUACCAUUGCAAGCGAUACUAAUGAAACUUGGUCAUUAAUCCCGAGUAGCUAUGGCGCGGCUCUGGCAGCUGGCGGAGCGGUCGUGAUCGGAGUCGUCGUGUUGCUUGCGAUCUCAGCCAUUGUCAGCCCGUUGUUCGGCUACAGACUUUGCCAGAUAUUCAGCACCUGCGAUGUCCCAGCAGCAGGAACAGGGUACAGCGCAGACGCAUACCAAUCAUACCCACCGACUUACAACAAGAGAUCCAUCGAGUACGUCAAACCGAUCUUGCAAGUAUUGAACUCUGCCUAUGAAAAAUACGGACACGGCGCUAUUCCAGCAGGUUUGGCCAACACGAUGAGAAACGUCAACGCACAACAAUAAUCGGCUGAAAUCGACAUCACUCCAGCUAGCUUUUAACUAUUAUGUUCCCGGAAGAAUUUUAAUAUUUAAGUCGACAAUUAUGCACAACAACGGUAUAUCGUAUAAUAUAUAUAUAUAUAAUGUUUACAUGUAAAUCAUAAUCACUAUAUUAUAUAGUCUAUAGCUGUAAAAUAUAUUAUACUUAUGUAUAGUGUUUAACCGGCAUGUCGUACA